AUGAGUGAACUUUAUUUAGGUGUAUCAAGAAAAUUAUUUUGCAAUGUUGAUAAAUUAUAUUUUGAUAAUUUAAAAAAUUUAGACGAACGUUUAAAUUUGAAUAAUAAUUUUAAUGAAAAUAAAUAUGAGCAAUUUUCAAGUAAAAAUUUUUUAAGGAAUAAUAGAAGAUUUAAAACAGAGCCACCAAAAAAUUUGAUUGAAAAUGAAAAGGAAAGCAAUAAGUUUUAUUCUUCCUUUUUUCGUAAGAUAUUUAGAAAUAUAUCUCAAAAUAUGAUAUACAAUGAUAAUAAAAAUAAUGAAGAUGAAGUUAAAAAGGAAAAUAACUUUUCAUAUCUUGUAGAAAAAAAUAAAAAAAUCAUAAGUAAAGAUAAUAUUAUUUUUAAAAAAUUGUCUGAUGAUGUUAAUGGUUCAAAAAGUAAAAACAGUUUAUUAUAUGAAAGUUCAUCAAAAGAAUAUGAUUUUACUGUAAAAAAUUUACAUAACCCAAUACAUAAAACAGUAGUAUAUCAUAAAAAAAAUAGAGAGAUUGAAAAGAAAAAAAUUAUUGAUGAAGAAGAAGAGAAACGUAACAAUAAAAAAGAAGAUGAUGAAAACAAAGAGGAUGAUAAAAAUAUAAAAUAUGAAAAAGACUAUGAAGAAGAUGAAAAUAAGAAUGACAGUGAGAAAAUGAAAAAUGAGAUAAGCAAAAUAGACACAAAUAUAAAUAAAAAAACUGAUAUAAAAAGUACAAGAUUAGUAAAUAGUGAUAUAAUAUCAGAUGUUUUUUUAAAAAAAAAUGUGAAAAGUUUAGUUGUUCAUGAUACUGGAGGAAUAGAUAUAGAAUUGAUUGAAAAUGAAAAUCCUGAAUUUUUAUAUCAUACAUAUACUGGUAAUAGGAUAUCAAAUAUAUAUUAUGAAUAUGAUGAGUCAAUUAAAAGUAAAGAGGAUUUUUAUAAUGACAAAAAAAUUAAUAGAUUCAACUCAUCAUUUUCACAUAAAGGAAAUAAUAUAAAAAAUUUAUAUAACUAUGAUUGUUAUUUUAAAAAAGAAUCUAUGAAAAAUAAUGAAGAGAAAUUAAGAAAAAAAAAUUUUUUUAAUUAUAAAUCAGAAUGUUCUGUAGAUAGUUAUCAUAGUAAAGCUUAUGAUGAGCAAAGCGUUAUAAGAAAAAGUAAUAUGGAAGAUAAAGUUACAAAUUCUUCUAAUGAAUAUUUUUAUAAUGAAUAUUACAAUGAUUUAAAUGAAAAUAAAAAUAAACAUACAAAAAAAUCUUCAUCAGAAUGCAAUAAGAUAUUUGAUACAUAUUCAUCUAUUUCUAGCGUAUCUUUAAAUAUAUCUGAGAAAGAAAAAAAUAAAAAAUAUUAUUAUGUUGGAGAGACCUUUAAUAAUGUAAGAAAUGGAUGGGGAAUGCUCAUAUAUAAUGAUAGAGUAAUAUUUGAAGGAGAAUAUAAAAUGAAUAAUGCUAUUGGAUAUUUUAUAAAAUAUAAUGAAUACUCAACUGAAUUUGGUUAUAGAAGUCCCAUAAGUAUUAAAUCAGUUAUGAUAAUGAGUGAUAGUGAUAAUUUUAUUAUACAAAAUAAGUGUGAAAAUCUAGAUUCUUAUAAAAAUAGUGAAAAUUCCGAUAAAAAUUUAAAGAUAUGUAACAGUAACAUUAAUAACGAUAAUGAUAUACUAAAUGAUAAAAUAGAAAAAAGUGAUACAAAUUUUUGUGUAUCAGAAAAAUUUACCAAUGUAAGUAAUUCAACUUCUGUAUCAGAUAACAAAUCCGUAGGAGCUUAUUCAUCUCUUUGUGAUAAAUCAUACAAUGAGAAUUUAACAACAAACAACUUUAUAUAUAACACCAAAAAUAAUAAUUAUUUAGAUAAGAAAGUUACAGAAGGAAAUAAAAUCAAAAAUUUAAGUAUGUUUUCAAGUAACUUUAGGAGAAAUAGUAAACAUAAAACAUCACCAGCUCAUACUAUAAAUUAUUUAAAACCUCCAGUUAUGAAUUUCAUUAAAAAUGAUUUGUUAUUAAACAAAAAUUCUCUUUCGAAAAAUGAAAAAACUUCUAUAAGAAGAAAAAAAAAAUGCAAAACUACUCAUUUUUCAAGCCCAAUGAAUAUUAUUGUUACAUCAUUAGAUACAGAUGAUGAAGAAAAUGUUUCUGUAAAAGAUGAAGAAGAAGAUAUACUAAAUAGCAAAUUACUUAAAAAUGGUUAUAUUUGCCCAUUAAAUAUAUUGAGUAAACAAAAGAAUGAUAAUGAAAAGUUAAAUAAAAGUAGCUUACAGAAUGAUUCUAUAAAUUUUCCUUAUGAUAAAAGAGAAAUGGAAGACAUUAAUAAUGAAAAUAAGAAAGAAGAAUCUAAUUUUAUGAACUUAGAUUCUCAAGAAUUACAUUUGAAAAGUAAUAUAAAAAAAAAAGAUAAUAAAUUCUUUAAUAAUUAUGAAGAACAUAAUUAUAGUGAUUUUAUUAUUGAAAGUAAGUUACAAAGUAACGCAGAGAAAAAGAAUGAAAAAGAUAAUGAGAAUUAUAAUAAUAAAGAAGAUAACAUGGGUAAUUUUGAAAGUAUAUUUCUUAAAAAAAAAAGUUCUAAAUAUCAUGACAAUUUAAAAAAUAUUGAUGAGAACAUAGAAGAGGAUCAAAACAAAUUAAAUAUAAAACUUAAUGAUGAAUAUAAAAAUUUACUUCGUGAAAAUAUAAAUAAUGAUAAUUUCGUUAUUAAAAAUAAUGAAAUUACAACUUUUCAGAAGUUUAUGGAAAAUGAAGAGAAUUAUGUGAAGAAUAAUGAAUGGAGAGAAUAUAUGAAUACAAAAGGAAAUGGAAUGACUAUAAAAGAAAUUUUAGAAGAAAAAAAAAAAAGAGAUAUUUCACUUAAACAGGAACAUGAAAAUAAUCCAAGUCAUAUUAAAAGUAAUGAUAACAAUAAGGAUGAAAAUAUAUUAAAGAAGGAUGUUUUGGGACCAAGUAUGAAUAAAAAGUGGGAUAAUAUAUCCUAUUAUAAAAAAGAAGAGUUUAGUUUUUUUGAUUAUGAUAAAGUAUUACUUAGAAAAAAAUUAAGAGGAGCAACUUUUCCAGAAACUCAUGAUGAUAGGCAAAAAAAUUGUUUUUUAUUUAUUGAUGAUUAUUUAACUUCAAAUGAAGAUAAAUUUAAUAUGAUUAAUGAAGAUGUAAAAUUAAGGGCUUCUGACUACAAUAAAUGGUCUGUUAAUAUGUUAUAUAAUUUUUUAAAAAUGAUAGGUUUAAAAAAGGAAGCAUAUUUAUUUAAGAUAAAUAAAAUAAGAGGGUAUCAUAUAUUAAAGUUAACAGAUAAAGAGUUAAAAAAGUUGAAUAUAAGUAAUUCCUAUGUUAGAAAAUUUGUUUUAUCUGUAUUCCGAUUUUUGGUGAAUUCUUUAGAUAAUGCAGAUCCUUUAUCAAUCAAUUUUAAUACUAGUAAAAAAUUCUCUUUUAAUAAAAUCACAAAUAUAUGCAGUAUCGAUAUAACAAUAUUAAAUAAAAUAGGAGGAGGAAGUUAUGCCCAAGUAUUCAAAGCAAAAUAUAAAGGAAUGUAUGUUGCUUGUAAAAUUUUUUUAUAUAACCCUAAGCAAUUAAAUGAAGAGACAUACUGUGAAAGUUACAUAUCAACACCAAGAUCUAGUCAGAAGUAUGCUUUAUCAAAAAUUAAUAAAAAUUUGAAUUUUGUUAAUUAUGAAUUAGAAAAAAAGGCUACUCAAGAUGAAGAGGUAGAAGAAGAAGAAGAAAACGAAGAAGAAAGAAAAAAAAAAAGUGAAGAAGAAUUAAUUAAUAAUUCUGAUACCUUACAAAGGAAUAAAAAAAUUAAAAAAAUGGCAAAUUUAGAAAUUUUUCGCUAUUUUCCAACACCUGUGAAAUAUAGAAAUUAUGAAGCAAAAAUUUUGUAUUCUUUGCAGGGUUGCAGGUAUGUUAUAAAAUUGAUAGGAGUUUGCAGUUUAAAAGAAGGAGAAGAAUCCUUAAUAUUACAAUAUUGUCCUGGUGGUAGUUUAGAAAAAUAUAUAUAUAGAGAUGAAAAAAAAAAGAAUUCUUAUAUGAGAUAUUUAUCAAGACCAAAUAUAGUUAAAAUAUUUCAACAAGUAGCAGAGGGAAUGCAUAAUAUUCAUUCUAAUCAAUUUUUUCAUAGAGAUAUAAAAUUAUCAAAUAUUUUACUAGAUGAAAAUCAAAAUGCUGUUAUAUCCGAUUUUGGUUUAUCUACAAAUUUUUCUCCAAAUGAUAGCCCAACUGCAUAUGCUAUGUAUGGAAAUAUUUUUUAUGCAGCACCAGAGGUUUUAAAAGGAGAAGGAUUUUUCAAAGAAUCAGAUGUUUGGUCUUUUGCUGUCAGUUUAUGGGAAGCUUUAACGAAGAAAAUUGCUUAUGAUGGAUUAUCUGCUUCGGAAGUUUUUUGUAAAAUAUCAGCUGGUGAGUUAGUACUACCUAUUCCAAAUGAUUUACCUAGUGAAUUAUCAAAUCUGCUAAAAAGUAUGUUAGAAUAUGAUUUUACUAAAAGACCUCUUUUUCAUGUUAUUUCAAAAAAAUUAGAAGAUAUUAGAAUUACAGCUGAAAAAAAAUUACAUUCAGAUAUUAUUUCUUUCUUUGAUGGAUAA